GGGAGCUACCGAUCAUAUGACGCAUCGACGGGACUUCUUCAGCGUUUUUGAAGAAUUUGAAGAGCCGAUUACAAUUCGAUUAGGCAAUGUCUUAGACCCACCACCGCACAAGAGUCGGAGCCCAGUCCAAUCUGCGGGUUCCAAAGACAUCACCUGACUCCAUUGCCUGCUGUCAGGAAUUUUUCUCUAGGCCCCCGGCUUCCCUGAGACUGGCUUUGAGACACCAGCCUCCCGAGUCCUGUGGUCGGAUUCCGGGACGCGACACGAAGCCGCCAACCGUUCACCUCGCCCAGGCCCGGCACGUCAGCCUGGCCAAUAGACGAGGAUAUAUACAUGAAACAACCCGAAGGGUUCAGUGGCGGAACAGCGAAUGUUUCUGUUUAUGUUGAUGAUGGGCUUAUAGCAGCGUCAGACGAGGGUUUAAUAGAUACAUUUUUUCUUGAAUUAGGUAAGAAUUUUAAAAUAACGACCACAAAAGAUGUUAGUAAUUAUCUUGGAAUAGAAAUUUUCAGACUGAGAAACGGUUCAAUUUUUAUUAGUCAAAGUAAAUAUAUUGAGGGUAUAAUCGAAAAAUUUAAUUUCACAGAUGCGAAUUAUGUAUCAACACCAAUAGAGGUCGGUUGGGAUGCGAGCGAUUUUAUUAAAGAUAGUUGUCAUGGUGUACCGUACCGCGAAGUUGUGGAUAGUUUAAUGUUUUUACAGACAGUAAGCGGACCGGAUAUAAGUUUUGCAGUGAAUAUAGCAUCGAGAGUUUUAGAUAAACCAACUAAGGCGCAUUGGUUACUCGUGAAACGGAUAAUUAGAUAUUUGAAAGAUACACCUACUGCGGAAUAUUAUAAAACAAUAGAGACGAACGUCAUCGCACCUACGAUUUGCGCCCGAGAAUUUCUACAAUCCAUAAAAAAGAGAAACACGUGUGGCCACAUAGUCAAUAUCAACAGUAUUGCCGGUCAUUUUGCUGAGGCUAUACAUGUACCGGUCGGAAUGUAUGCUGCUAGUAAAUACGCUGUGACCGCUUUGUGUUCAGAACUUCGUCACGAAAUCAUUGCAGCUAAUUUAAAUGUCAAAGUUACCAGUAUUAGUCCCGGUUUGGUUCGAACAGAGAUGGUACAAGAUUUUAUCGCAAAUUUAGAUGUGCGAACUUUGGAACCAGAAGAUAUCGCAGAUUCUGCAAUUUAUGCGAUAGGAACACCAGAAAGGGUAGAGAUUCAUGAAAUUACGAUUAUACCGCAUGGUACUCCGAUAGUUGACUUAAACUCUUCCUUGCAAACUAAGCAGUAAGGAAGAUGAUGUCAAGUUGCUUGAAUUUUUCUAUAUAAAGAAUAACAUCUUCCAUUUUUAAUUUUACAUAUAAGCAACUGAAAAUGUUUGGAUAAAUAAAAAAAUCAUUAUAGAUUAAUAUUACUUCUA